CUCCACACUAGCUGCACGACGGAGGCGCUGCAGAGACCCAGAGCAGACGCCAGGCGGCCGUCCGCACUCACGCCGCAGCUUCGUUCCCUCCCUCCCCCAGCGCUCAGCCCGCCUUACACCGCCGCGCGGCCGCCGCAAGGCUCACUCUCCCCUGGCUAGGCGAGCGCCGGCAGACGCUUGGCCCGGCCGGGGCGCCAGGUCCGCAGCUGCAGAUCCGGAGGCCGAGGCGAACUGCCUACCAGAGCCAACCCCGGAGCCACUACCCCCGGCGCUAUCGCCUCUCCUCCCUGCACUCCUUUCUCCCUGGUGAUCGCCACCUUUUCCUGGGACCGAGACGCCCUCCGUUGGCUCCCUGCGGGUGACCGAGGCAAGAUCCACAGCCGGUUGUGUGCGGAGGCCAGUCGCCUACAGCUUGUCGUUCCAUUGUUGUCAAUAAUAUGAGUCCUUGAGAACAUCUGCCUGGGUACUUUUCUCGUGGGAUUGAGAUCAGGCUUAAAGCUCGGAGAGAGACGGAGGUGCUCAAAGUGUUGGAGGCAGACAGCCAGCCUGCGUGGAAGCCGCAGAGUUGAAGCAAAAUGUCAGUCAGCGUGCAUGAGAACCGCAAGUCCAGGGCCAGCAGCGGCUCCAUCAAUAUCUACCUGUUUCAUAAGUCUUCCUAUGCAGACAGUGUCCUCACUCACUUGAACCUUCUGCGACAGCAGCGCCUCUUCACAGACGUCCUUCUCCAUGCGGGGAACAGGACCUUCCCCUGCCACCGGGCAGUGCUGGCUGCGUGCAGCCGCUACUUUGAAGCCAUGUUCAGUGGUGGCCUGAAAGAGAGCCAGGACAGCGAAGUCAACUUCGACAAUUCCAUCCACCCAGAAGUCUUAGAGCUGCUUCUUGACUAUGCCUACUCCUCCCGGGUCAUCAUCAAUGAAGAAAAUGCCGAGUCGCUUCUGGAAGCCGGUGACAUGCUGGAGUUCCAGGACAUCCGAGAUGCAUGUGCAGAAUUUUUGGAAAAGAACCUGCAUCCCACCAACUGCCUGGGUAUGCUGCUGCUGUCCGACGCCCACCAGUGCACCAAGCUGUAUGAACUCUCCUGGAGGAUGUGUCUCAGCAAUUUCCAGACCAUCCGGAAGAACGAAGAUUUCCUCCAGCUGCCUCAGGACAUGGUUGUGCAGCUCCUGUCCAGUGAAGAGCUGGAGACGGAGGACGAGAGGCUUGUGUAUGAGUCCGCCAUGAACUGGAUUAGCUACGACCUGAAGAAGCGCUACUGCUACCUCCCUGAACUGUUGCAGACCGUGAGGCUGGCCCUCCUUCCUGCCAUCUAUCUCAUGGAGAACGUGGCCAUGGAGGAACUCAUCACCAAGCAGAGGAAGAGUAAGGAGAUUGUGGAAGAGGCCAUCCGGUGCAAACUGAAAAUCUUGCAGAACGAUGGCGUGGUGACCAGCCUCUGCGCCCGCCCUCGGAAAACCGGCCACGCCCUCUUCCUCCUAGGAGGACAGACUUUCAUGUGUGACAAACUGUACUUGGUAGACCAGAAGGCUAAAGAAAUCAUUCCCAAGGCCGACAUCCCCAGCCCGAGGAAAGAGUUCAGUGCGUGCGCAAUUGGCUGCAAAGUGUACAUUACCGGGGGACGGGGAUCCGAAAAUGGAGUCUCAAAAGAUGUCUGGGUUUACGAUACCCUGCACGAGGAAUGGUCCAAGGCUGCCCCCAUGCUGGUGGCCAGGUUCGGUCAUGGGUCUGCUGAACUGAAGCACUGCCUGUAUGUGGUCGGUGGGCACACGGCUGCCACUGGCUGCCUCCCAGCCUCCCCCUCAGUCUCUCUAAAGCAAGUAGAACAUUACGACCCCACCACCAACAAAUGGACCAUGGUUGCCCCCCUCCGAGAAGGCGUCAGCAAUGCUGCUGUAGUGAGCGCCAAACUCAAGCUGUUUGCUUUCGGAGGUACCAGCGUAAGUCAUGACAAGCUUCCCAAAGUUCAGUGUUACGAUCAGUGUGAGAACAGGUGGACGGUACCGGCCACCUGUCCCCAGCCCUGGCGUUACACAGCGGCAGCUGUGCUGGGGAACCAGAUCUUUAUUAUGGGCGGCGAUACAGAGUUCUCUGCCUGCUCUGCUUACAAAUUCAAUAGUGAGACUUACCAGUGGACCAAGGUGGGCGAUGUGACAGCCAAGCGCAUGAGCUGCCACGCCGUGGCCUCCGGGAACAAGCUUUAUGUGGUGGGAGGCUACUUCGGCAUCCAGCGCUGUAAGACUUUGGACUGUUACGAUCCGACUUUAGAUGUGUGGAACAGCAUAACCACUGUCCCGUACUCCCUGAUCCCCACCGCGUUCGUCAGCACCUGGAAACAUCUGCCUUCUUAACGCAGAGCGUCCUAGAGGAAGCACGCAUGAGCUCACUCUGGACGCAUGGUGAGACGAUACGGAGGUUUCUGCUUUGGAGAAGCCCAAGUUUUAAUGAAGAGAAAGAAAAACAGGAGAAGUUGCUACGAGACUCCUCGAAUAUCAUCGGCUGCACCUUGUGAACGCUCUUUUAAGUGGACA